AGCCCAAAUCUCUUCGUCAACGUUACAACGGUACUUCACAUACGUAGCCAAGUUGCAUUUAGUUAGGCCUCCCAACCAAUUUUUUUUUUAGUUAAGUAUAAACUGGAAUUCUUCUUUCUUUGAAACAAAUCUCUUUCUCCCCGAAGUCGAGUUUCAGGAUGGCAGAGCAGAAGAAGCAACAAAUGGGAUCUAAAAAAGUGAAUCAACUUCGUCCAUUGGAUAAUGGGGUAAAUAUAACUGUUAAGGUUAUAAGUAAGAAGUUAAUUGCACAGAGAAAUCGUCUUGCUGAAUGUUUGGUUGGUGAUGAAACUGGUAUUAUUAUACUCACUGCUCGCAAUGAUCAAGUGGAUUUAAUUCAAGAAGGCUCAACACUAGUUCUGACAAAAGCUAAAGUCGACAUGUUCAAAGGAUCGAUGAGGCUUGCUGUUGAUAGAUUUGGCCGUAUUGAAGUUGGUGCACCUGCCAGUUUUUCGGUGGCGCAAGAUAUUAACAUGUCCUUGAUUGAGUUCGAACGUGUAGACGUCGUUGUGUAAGCACCCAUUGCCUUCUGCCAAAGGGAACAAAAGCCUCGAGUAAAAAGCUUUAAUUAUCUCUCUUGGUUUCUUCUUAAUGUAUUUCUCUUCACAUACUGGAAGAGAAGUCCCAGAAACUUAUUCCCAGAGUAAACCUUUUGUAGUCUUGAAGAGGAACAAGAUGUUAAUUCCUAUUUUGCUUAUUUACUUGUUGGCAAUUAGGAUUUAGAAGUUCCAAAACAGUGUUUUAUAGAUAUGUUUUGUUGGAUAAUCAGUGGCCUUUUUGUUGAUGUAUUGAACCUUUUCUUUAAGUUCAACUUUAUUUGAUUCCU